AUGGCGUCUCCUCAAUCAGCACUUGACUCUACGACUUCGACUCAACCAUCUCCUCCCACACCACCCACAUCGACCUUGCUAUCUGCCACACGUACGAGCUCUACCUCGACAACCGCCACCCUUCCAGCGUUGACGACGCCAUGGGGAAGUCCUCAGAGCUGCACCUGGACGUAUGUUGUCAGUCACCCAGAGGAGACUGCCUCGCCAGGCGCCGUCGCAUUUCUGGACCUCGAACCCAUGCCCGGAGCCAGCACUUUGUCGUGUUAUCCUAAUGGCAUGUUCUCAUAUGGUCGCACAGGCGUAUUUAGUCCUGAUUGUAGGCGCUCCGUGGCGACAGGCCUAGCCGUCCCCAUCACCUACGACGCGAUACAAGGUACAUACGAUGUUCUCACCCAGUCUACAACAACGUUGUAUAGCGGCAUGUUGGCAGUCAGCACCAUUCAAGUGCAAUUUACAGCCGAGGACAAGAAGGAACUGGGAAUCGGCUCAGAUGAAGAUGGCGUACCUCGCACCUUGUCCAUGGGUGCCCGUAUUGGCAUCGCCGUGGGUGCCUGCGCAUUCGUAUUGCUCUGCCUUUGCCUCAUCUAUUAUAUCCUUGCCAGGAGGCGCCGGUCUCGAGAGGGUUUGACCAAGGACCGUCUGAUGCGAGACUUGAAAACUAUGCAUCGUCGCGGGCCAUCGGCAUGCGAUGGCCCGUACGCGGGAGAUUUGAGCAUGUCUUCCACCAUCUCUAGUACACAAGCACCAUACGAGCGACAUGAGCCGCCACCCGCAUACGAUCCGGGUCGCACGAGGAGGAUUUCCGGAAGCCGCGAUGCCUAUAGUGGCAGACAGCGAGACGGACAAAUUAGAGCGCUCAACGAGCAGAAGGCGGCGAUAGAGCAACGCAUCGAAGAAUUGCAAAUGCAGGAGACCUUGCCACAUGAGCCAUUGGCGCCCAGGCAUUGA